CACUGACACAAGCACUAAAAUGAAUCAAUGCCAAACCAAUGGGCACAAUCUUCAACUUAUUCGUUUAGAACAAGGACACUACUACUUUCUCGCAGCAAUCAAAGGAUGGGCAAAGUUCAUCUAUUUUCCUUCCUGCUUCUGCCAGCAGUUUUCUCUCAUGAGAUAUACCCGGGGAAAUGCCCUGACUUCACUCCAAUGAAACAGUUUGAUUGGACUAAGUUUUCCAGCGGAGUAUGGUAUGUGAUUCAGAAGUUUGAUACAAAGAGUUCUUGUCUUACUUACGAGUUUAAAACUGAUAAUCUAGGGUUUAAAUCUGUAGAACAGAUCAGACAGCUACCCUUUAAAGAGGCUAUUGGAGUAGAUCAUCAAUAUAAGUAUACUGGUAAACUAUUUGCUCCACAGGAAUCUGAGCCUGCAAAGAUGGUUGCUAGAUUUCCACUAAAUGCUAUUGGUUCCGCUAGCUAUGUUGUGACUGAUACAGAUUAUGAUAAUUAUGGAAUGCUCUGUACAUGUCAGGUUAGUGUAAUACACUUUCAUUUUAUACUGUACAUGUCAGGUUAGUGCAGUACACUUUCG